AGAGAGUGUCCCCACCAUAAGGAAUAUACAAACAUAUAUCUAGCCGUGUAAAACCUAGUUUCGAUAGUAUAUUUUUUGGAGUGAAUAAUUCUCUAGAUAAUAAUAAUUACGAAGAAAACAAUUUGUUAAAUAGAAAAUGGCAAAAAAUGGUAGAGAUUUAGCAUUAUCCAUGUUAAGAAAUUUACCUCGAGUAGUAUUGUCAAAUAUUCGACCUAACCCUGGUGCAAAAAAGGCUUCAAAAAGAGGUAGAGGUCAACAUGGAGGAGAUAAACACGGUGCAGGAAAUAAAGGUUCUGGUCAAAGACAAAAUUUUAUGAGACCUGGAUACGAAACUGGAAACAAUCCAUUUUAUCUUAGAUUUCAAUAUGAACCGUAUUAUAAAGGACAUCAUUUAAGAAGACAGUAUCCACCACUUUCUUUACACCAGCUACAAAUGUUCAUAGAUACAAAUAGAAUAGAUAUAAGUAAACCAAUUGACCUUGCAACUAUAAUAAAUACAGGAUUAUAUAACUUUCAAAUUAAUUGGAAACAUGCUGGAGUCCAUUUAACAGACGAGGGUGCAGAUUUAUUCAAAGCAAAGGUCAAUAUAGAAGUACAGUGGGCAAGUGAACCUGUGAUUGCUGCAAUUGAAAGAAAUGGUGGUGUUAUUACUACAGCCUAUUAUGAUACAAAUUGCUUAUUUGCUUUAAAUGAUACUCAACAAUUUCUUUCCAGAGGUGAUCCAAUACCCCGUAGAUUAUUACCACCUGCAGAUUGUUUAGAAUAUUAUUCAAAUGCAGCAUCAAGAGGAUAUUUAGCAGACCCUGAAAAAAUUUCUCAAGAACGAUUAAUAUUAUCUCAAAAAUAUGGUUAUGUACUUCCAAAAAUUGAAGAUGAUCCCGAUUAUGAAAUGCUAACGGAGCGUAAAGACCCACGACAGUUAUUUUAUGGUCUUGAACCAGGUUGGGUUAUAAGUCUUGUAGAUAAAGCAAUUCUCAAACCAAAGGCAGAAUAUUUGAAAGAAUUUUAUGCUAGUUAAAAUAUUGUAUAUUUAAUGAAUAUAAAAACAUGUUUAGUCUUAUAUUAAAUCAUUUAAAAUAUAUGAUAUCAAUAAAAGAAAUUAUAAUAUA